AUGAUUCGUGAACAUCGUUGUGAAGUACCACAGAGGAGUGCAUCAACAGGUGUUUCAGAACGUACUUCAUCACCAGACGCAGAUCGUAGUUCUGUUCCAGCUCGAAUACAUACUUCAUAUUCAUUAUUAGCAAGGAGCAGCCCAGAACCAAACAUUCUUGGCUAUGCUAGCACUACUUUACCAAGUCUGGUAGCAGCAACUCUAUCACCUUCAGCACCUCCUGCACCUCUCUCACGAAUGCUAUUUUCACAACUUUUUGCUGCAGCGCCAGGAGUAUUACAGUCAGCAUCAGCAGUCACUACACCAUCGACAUCAACAGCUACUAAAGAUACUGUACUGGAUUUAUCUAAUCCAAUUACAAUUAAACACUUGCACCAAAACCAUUUUCUUCCUCUACCACCAUUACCACAACAAUUCAUUAGGCCACCUUUCAAUUUUGGCCAAUUUGCGGCGGCAGCAGCAGCUGCUGCUGCAGCAGUAACACAACGUUCUGGUUCACAUGCAGAAUUGUUCUUGAACGGGUCAUCAUCAUCAUCUUUACUUAGUAAUGACGAUGAUUGGGAAGCGCUAAUGGAAGUAAGCACCACCGAUGAAUCAGAAAAGAUUCGCGCAUUAGUUGGUGAUAAAGCAUUACCGACUACUGAUCCUAAUCAGUGCUUACUGUGUCGACGAGUACUCUCAUGUAAAAGUGCUCUGCAAAUGCAUUAUAGAACGCAUACAGGUGAACGACCUUUCAAGUGUAAAAUAUGUCAACGUGCUUUUACAACGAAAGGUAAUCUGAAAACUCAUAUGGGUGUCCAUCGAGCCAAACAUUCAUUCCGCGGCAUCGCGGCAAGCGCAUCAACCGUUCAUCAUCAGUGUCCCAUCUGCCAGAAGCGGUUCUUUACUGCUCAAUUGCUUCAACAGCAUAUCGCUCAACAUACUAGUCAGCUGACCAGAAAUGGCAUGUUACCACCGUUCGAAGUACCAGUGGCUGCAGUUCAAGGAUUCGACCGACGUCCCGAGCAACAUCAUCAUCCUCCUUCUUCCGCUUCUUCAUCUUCAUCAACCUCUAACGGCGUCUCAUCAAUGCUACAAGUGAAUGCUACUAAUUUAAUUAUGCCACUGAAAAAUGAAUUAGUUUCCACGCCACCAUUCAUUCCACCGUUUCCUUUUUUUUCGCUUGGUUUGCCACGUGGUCUUCCAAGUCCCAUCGCUGCAUCAACUUCACCUCACCCAUCACUUACUUCUAUUUCUCUUACGAGUAACCAACAUCAAAUCCUACCCAAACAGGAGGAAUUCUCGCAACAAUUUGAUCAACAACUGCAGCAGCAGCACCAGACUUUGAGCAAAUCAGAACCUUCAAUCAGUAGUGCUGCUGAAUCCAUAUCAGCGCCACCAUUAUCUUUAGAUGCGUCACCUACAAUAUUCAGUCCAUCAGGUAGAUCAGCUCAUGUGGUGAAAGAUGACGAUGAAGUAGCUUCAACAAGUAGCUCACAUAAUGGUUCUUCAGCUCAACCACCCAUACCAUUACCUGCUGGGUCUUCGGGUUAUGCUUCAGAUUCCAUCGCAAACUGCUCUAUUUGCUUGCAACUUUUCCCAAAUCAAAUCGCUUUGGAACUGCACAUGAGAAAUCAUCAUGAAGACUUUUCAUUGAAGUGUUUUAUUUGCGGUGUGAGCUGUGCAACAAAAGAUAGCUUGAAACAGCAUCUAUCCUCAGAUCAUCAAAUUCACUGUUUACCCUCAUCUGAUGACAAUUUUCUUCAUAAUAAUGAUGAUGAUGAUGACGAGGAUUCUGAUAACGAUAAUGAUGAUACCGGUGAUGAAUCUUCAGUCACUCAUGUCGAAACUGAACAAAUGGAUACCGUUAAUGUUCAGUAUGAGAUGUCAGAAUCAUCAAAUGACAAUCAGUUCUUACAACAACAACAACAACAGCAACAGCAACAGCAGACCUCUGAAAGCUCUGAGGAGAAGCAGUUUUCUCAGUCUUUCUCGAAUUCAGUACCUGCUCCUUUGCCACCUCUCAGUAGCACUCCGAAUCCGUUGGAUGCCAUGCAAAAAAUGUGGGCUGAAACAGAACCACCGCCACCGCGACAAGCUCCUGUUCUUUCUAAGCAUCAGUGUGGCGUAUGUUUCAAACAUUUCAGCAGCAGUUCUGCUCUACAAAUUCAUAUGCGAACGCAUACGGGUGAUAAACCUUUCAAAUGUGAGGUUUGUAGUCGAGCAUUUACUACCCGUGGUAACUUGAAGGUGCACAUGGGUACUCAUAUGUGGCAGCAAAGUCCAUCUAGACGUGGUCGUCGAAUUUUUGAGUUUGGUACUGAUGGUAUUUUACGGUCAGAAUUGCUACCAUCAUUUGGUAUAGGUCCUGAUGGACCUUUACGUGUUGCUUCAUUUGAUCCAACAACACAAGCAGCAGCAGUAAAUCCAAUUCGCCCCGGUGAUUUUUUAGGAUCUCAGUCACCAUCAACACAACAUCGAGUUACUACUGCUACUGUUACAACUCCUGCAGCAUCGCAACCAUUCUCAUUGUUACCGUUCCCCUUACCAUUGCUACCGCAGGUAAGCAAUUCCGGUGCUUGUACACCCAAUCAUUUGGAUACUGUAAUGUGGAUGUGGAAAACAGUUUGCUCAGUUUGCCAAAAAAUUUGUGCAAGUCCUCAAGAACUUGAGAAACACUUGAAACAACAUCUUAAUGGUACCGUCCCUAGUGAUAAUUCGAAUACCACUAGAAUCGCCCCAUUAUUACAAAAAACCGAGUGA